AUGGCGGCCAAACCCAUUGUACAGGAAGCUAUCAAAUAUCUCAGGAAUAUUCAACAAAGGAACGGGUUUCUCAAUGCCUUCGUGCGUGUUUCCCCCGAACAAGCCGUCACAGCACAAGCGAUAGCUGCUUCUCAGAAAUUCGAAACAGGGAAAUCUAUAUCUCCGUUAAAUGGCUCAACUUUUGCUAUCAAAGACAAUAUUUGCACCAAAGACAUGGUCACUUCGUGUUCUUCAUUGAUGCUGGCUGACUUCAUUCCAGAAUACGAUUCAGCCGUGGUCGCAAAAUUAAGGGAUGCCGGGGCGAUAAUUAUCGGCAAGACGAAUAUGGAUGAGUUUGGCAUGGGAUCCCAUUCUACCACAGGCCUUCACGGUCCCGUCAAAAAUCCUAAUUCUUCAAAACUCUCCGUAUACUCUGCUGGUGGGAGUUCUGGGGGUAGCGCAGCCGCAGUGGCCGGGAGUUUGUGCUUUGGAGCCCUAGGUUCGGACACUGGUGGAUCAGUUCGACUUCCGGCUUCAUACUGUGGGGUUGUUGGUUUUAAGCCCUCUUAUGGAUUACUUUCUCGACAGGGUGUCAUAGCCUACGCAAAUUCUCUGGAUACUGUUGGGAUACUUGCCCGAGAUGUCCAUUCUGCGCAACUAGUAUUCGAUUGUUUGAACGAGUAUGAUCCAGCCGAUCCAUCGUCCCUAGAUGGCCACUCUCGACGCAAAAUCCAGGAUCAUGUGGCCUUUCCGAAGCCUGCGGCAAAUCAGAGCUGCCGGUGGAAUUUCGGUGUUCCAGUCGACUACAAUGUUGUCGAAAUAUCCCCCCAAGUGAAAAAGGCUUGGAUAUCGACUCUUGCCAUUCUACGUGAUCUAGGUCAUAAUAUUAAACCUGUUAACAUGCCAUCGACACGGCACGCUUUUGGACCGCACAUACUAGCCAUUUCAAAGCCCGCCAACGGCAUCUCCCCUUCAUUGCAGUUGGUAGUGGCAGCUAGGGAAAGGGGUUUUGGGAAAGAAGUGCGCCGCAGAAUUCUCCUCGGCAGCUAUAGCCUAACUUCUGAGGCAAUGGAGAAUUACUUUAUUCACGCGCAGAGAAUAAGACGGCGGAUUAAAGAGGAAUUCGAUGGUAUAUUCAGCUCCCCGAAUCCUCUUGGUCCGACGCAAGGGUCACAUUUGGACCCCGGGGCUAGCGUUGAUUUCCUAAUAUCUCCUGUGUCGAUUUCGUCCGCUCCAAACCUCGAGGAAGUGACAAAGGUGGACGCCUCAGGAGUGGACGGUUACAUCAAUGAUGUUUUCACAGUUCCCGCCAGUAUGGCAGGACUUCCAGCUAUAUCUAUUCCGGUACACGGGGCUGGAGGUUUACCAAUAGGCCUUCAGGUAACUGCGCAAUACGGCGAUGAAAAAAAUUUGUUCGAAGUUGCUACAUUGAUCGAAAGCCUGUUGGAAGUCGAUACUAGGUCAACUUAA